UGGCUGGGCAGGCCUGUUCAGAGCUCAGUGGGUAUUCAGUUGAGAGUGUCUCAGGAGACAUCGAGCUCCAGUGACUCCAGCAAGACUCCCAGGAUUCAGUGGAAUCUCUAUGGACGGUGGCCUGUUCACACAGCACAGCAAGGAGGCCAGGCAGUGGCAGGCAGUUAGAGAAGCUCCCGCCAGAGGAGUUAGACUAGAGAGCAGUUCAUUAGAAGUGCUGCAACCUUCCUUCUUUCCCUACGUCUUUGCCUCCACCUGUAGCGGCUAGCCCCAACCACCCGGGCUAUUUCACACGCUCUCUCUCUCUCUCUCUCUGGGAAUGCAGACUGACUGAGCUUUUAUGCUAAAGGACUAAAGGAUUUUGCGUGGAGUCUUUUUGUAUUUUUUUUAGGAAUAAUAUCACAAGUUUUAAAGACGAUCAUUUUCCUGGUGAGUUUCUUUCACUGUGUAUUUUUCAGUUGGACCUUGAAAUGGGUGUCACUCUAUGAUUGCGUGAGCUGCUAUCUAUCGAGCGGAGCGGGAGUGUAGGUAGAGGAGCAGAGGAGAGGCGUGCCAACACCUGGACCAUGGCACUGAGCCACCGAUGGGCACAAUCUCCCCUCGCGAGGGGGGCCACAUUUAUCCUAGUACUGGGCAGUCUGGCCCUGCCAUCACCAUCCCACGCAGACAGCAUGCCCAAUUUCAUCAAAUCUCCAGAUGACCAGACAGGUAUUUCGGGAGGAGUGGCAUCCUUCGUUUGCCAGGCGGUGGGCGAUCCCAAGCCACGCAUCACCUGGAUGAAGAAGGGCAAGAAAGUCAGCUCUCAGCGCUUUGAGGUGAUAGAGUUUGAUGACGGUUCAGGGUCUGUCCUGCGUAUCCAGCCCUUGCGGACCCACAGGGACGAGGCCAUCUAUGAGUGUACUGCCACCAACAGUGUGGGAGAGAUCAACACCAGCGCCAAACUCACCGUCCUGGAAGAGGACCAGAUCCCUCAUGGGUUCCCCACCAUAGACAUGGGUCCCCAGCUGAAGGUGGUGGAGAAGACCAGGACAGCCACCAUGCUGUGUGCUGCCAGUGGCAACCCUGACCCAGAGAUCUCCUGGUUCAAAGACUUCCUCCCUGUAGAUAUCAACAGCAGUAACGGGCGAAUCAAACAGCUCCGCUCAGGUGGUACACCAAUCAGAGGAGCUCUCCAGAUAGAGAACAGUGAAGAGUCCGACCAGGGCAAGUACGAGUGUGUGGCGGUCAACAGCGCCGGGACCCGCUACUCGGCUCCGGCUAAUCUCUACGUGAGAGUGCGCCGCGUGCCACCCCGGUUCUCCAUCCCGCCCACCAACCAUGAGGUGAUGCCGGGUGGCAGCGUGAACCUGACGUGUGUGGCAGUGGGAGCGCCCAUGCCCUACGUCAAGUGGAUGAUGGGAGUAGAAGAGCUGACCAAGGAGGAAGAGAUGCCCAUUGGGAGGAACGUGUUGGAGGUCACCAACAUCCUCCAGUCUGCCAACUACAGCUGUGUGGCGAUAUCGUCACUCGGUAUGAUCGAGACCACCGCGCAGAUCACUGUCAAAGCCUUGCCCAAGCCCCCCACCUCCCUGAUCGUGACGGAGACCACAGCCACCAGCGUCACCCUGACCUGGGACUCUGGGAACCCUGAGCCCGUGUCCUACUACGUCAUCCAGUACCGGGCCAAGGUCUCUGACAACAGCUUCCAGGAGGUGGAUGGGGUAGCCACCACGCGCUACAGCAUUGGUGGCCUCAGCCCCUACUCCGAGUACGAGUUCCGCGUCAUGGCGCUGAACAACAUUGGGCGUGGCCCUCCUAGCAGCCUCGUGGACACCAGGACCAGUGAGCAGGCUCCAUCCUCUCCACCGCUAGCUGUACAGGCUCGCAUGCUCAGCGCCUCCACCAUGCUGGUCCAAUGGGAGCCGCCUGAGGAGCCUAAUGGACAGAUCAGAGGGUACCGGGUGUACUACAGCUCGGACCUCAGAGCCCCACUGAGUGGGUGGCAGAAACACAACACUGACGACAGCAGACUGACCACCAUCUCAGGGCUGACCACUGAUAUCACCUACAGCCUCAGGGUGCUGGGGUUCACCUCUGUAGGGGACGGACCUCCCUCUGAUGUACUGCAGGUCAAGACCCAGCAGGGAGUACCAGCCCAGCCAUCUAGUUUCAACGCCGAGGCAGAGUUGGACACCCGCAUCAUGCUGUCGUGGCUGUGGCCUGUCCAGGACCAGAUCAUCAAGUAUGAGCUGAUGUAUUGGGAGGCCAACUCUGGCAACAAGCUCCAUGUGACCUUCCUUCCAGCGGGGUCCUAUGCUGUGGAGGGUCUGAAGCCAGACACCCUCUACAUGUUCUCCCUGGCUGCUCGUUCUGAAAUGGGCCUGGGCGUCUAUACCCAACCCAUUGAGGCCAGGACUGCCCAGUCCACCCCCUCAGCCCCGCCCCAGGAGGUGCACAUUCUGAGCCUCAGCUCCACCAGCAUCAAGGUGAGUUGGGUGGCACCCCCUGCAGCCAGCCGCCAUGGGGACAUCGUCCGCUACUCUCUGGCCUACCAGGCCGCCACCGGUGAGGACCUGGAGCGCCACAAGGUGUCGGGCAUCAGGGCAGAUGUUUCUAGUUAUAUCCUGGAGGGCCUGGAGAAGUGGACAGAGUACCAGGUGUGGGUCAGGGCUCACACGGACGUAGGCCCAGGCCCAGAGAGCCCUGCGGUCAGGAUCAGGACCAAGGAGGAUGUGCCUGGAGCUCCACCCAGGAAGGUGGAGGCUGAUGUCCUGAACUCCACAGCCCUGAGGGUGACGUGGAAGCCCCCCCUCCAGGUGAAGCAGCAUGGCCAGAUCAGAGGGUACCAGGUGGUCUACUCGCGACUGGAGAACGGAGAGCCACGAGGCCAGCCCAGCAUCAUGGAUGUCUCCCUACCUGAGGCACAGUGGAACGUUGAGGAUACCAUGGACUAUGAGGCUGUUAUAACAGGCCUGCUCCCUGAGACCACCUACUCUGUCACCGUGGCAGCCUACACCACCAAGGGGGACGGGGCACGCAGUAAGGCCAAGGUGGUCACCACCACUGGAGCAGUCCCAGGCAGGCCCACUAUGAUGAUCAGUACCACCAUUGGUAACACAGCCCUCAUCCAGUGGCAACCACCGAAGGAGAUGGUGGGAGAGCAUGUUGGCUACCAGCUUCAGUACAAACGUAUGGAGGAGGAGUCGUUCACUGUAAAGGACUUCAAGAAGACAGACGACCACUUCACUGUCACUGGCCUGCACAAGGGCGCCACGUACGUCUUCAAGCUCUGCGCCAAGAACCGGGCGGGCACCGGCGAGGAGUACGUGAAGGAGAUUACGACGCCGGACGAUGUGCCCAGCAGUUACCCCCAGAACCUGAGUGUCGUAGGCCUGACCACGACUACUACCAAGCUGGCCUGGGAGCCUCCGGCGCUGGCUGAGAGGAACGGGAGGAUCGUCCAGUACGUGGUGGUGUACAGAGAUAUCAACAGCCAACAGAACCACACCAAUAGCACGAUAGAGACCCAGAUGACCAUCAUGGGGCUGCAGCCUGAUACCACCUAUGACAUCAGGGUCAGGGCUUUCACCAGCAAGGGAGCCGGACCCAACAGUCCUAGUAUUCAGAGUAGGACCAUGUCUACCUCCAUGCCUGAGUUCACCAAAAACUUUGGUGUGAAAACUGUGAUGAAGACCUCUGUCUUGCUGACUUGGGAAGUGCCAGAAACCUACAAGUCUCAAGUGCCUUUCAAGAUCCUGUAUAACCAGCAGAGUGUGGAGGUGCAGGGGAACCUGAAGAGGAAGCUGAUCACGAGGCUGCAGCCAGACACAGACUACAGCUUUGUGUUGAUGUCUAGAGGGAACAGUGCUGGGGGUCUACAGCAGCAGGUCUCCAUCAGGACCGCCCCGGACCUGCUCAAGACCAAACCCAUCCAAUACCAACACCACCCAGAGGAGGGGGGCAAGCUCACCAUCACCCUACCCAGAGUCCCCACCACCACCCCUAUCAGGUCUGUUGUGUCUCUCACCAUCACCCUACCCAGAGUCCCCACCACCACCCCUAUCAGAUGGUACUACAUAGUGGUGGUUCCUGUCACACCAGCCACACUACGUAGGUGGGAGAACCCUGAAGAUAUGGACCUGGAUGAGCUCCUGGAGGCUAGUUCUGACCAGAGCCUGAGAAGGAGGAGACAGACCCAAGAGUUCCUCAGACCCUACAUCGCUGCCAAGAUGGACAAUCUGCCAGACACCUUCACUCUAGGAGACGAGAAGAAGUACAACGGCUUCUACAACAAGCCUCUACCGGGCCAGCAGCAGUACCUCUGUUUCGUCCUGGCUGCCCUCAAAGACAACGAGUCUCAGAAGACGUUUGCGGCCAGCCCGUACUCAGACCCCAUCACGGUGGAGCUCCACAGCGGUAUGCCCCUCCAUGCUGAGGACCCAGAGAUGCUGUGGGUCAUGGGCCCUGUCCUGGCUGUUGUACUCAUCAUCAUCAUCGUCAUCGCCAUCCUGCUCUUCAAGAGGAAACGAGCAUCUCCCUCGGCCAAGGAUGAGCACUCUGCUGGGGUGAAGGACUCUCUGCUGACCCACUCCUCUGAUCCUGUGGAAAUGAGACGACUCAACUAUCAGACACAAGGUUCCAGUGACCCCAGUUGCCCGAACACUCCAAGGAUGAGGGAGCACCCUCUCAUCUCCACCACUGAUCUUGCUAACCACAUCGAGCGUCUCAAGGCCAACGACGGACUCCGCUUCUCACAGGAGUAUGAGUCUGUAGACCCUGGCCAGCAGUUCACAUGGGAACACUCUAACCUGGAGGUGAACAAGCCAAAGAACCGCUAUGCAAACGUCAUCGCCUACGACCACUCCAGGGUCAUCCUCGCCUCUGUCGACGGAGUACCAGGUAGUGACUACAUCAACGCUAACUACAUAGACAGCUACAGGAAGCAGAACGCCUGCAUCGCUACACAGGGCCCGCUUCCUGAAACCCUGAGUGACUUCUGGAGGAUGGUGUGGGAGCAGAGGACCAACACUAUCGUCAUGAUGACCAGACUAGAGGAGAAGUCACGGGUGAAGUGUGACCAGUACUGGCCCAGUCGGGGGACAGAGACCUAUGGGAUGAUCCAGGUGACCAUGUUGGACACUGUGGAGCUGGCUACCUACAGCGUACGCACCUUCGCCCUCUAUAAGAAUGGCUCCAGUGAGAAGAGAGAGGUUCGUCAGUUCCAGUUCAUGGCCUGGCCGGACCAUGGAGUGCCUGAGUACCCCACCCCCACCCUGGCCUUCCUCCGCAGGGUCAAGUCCUGCAACCCCACAGAUGCAGGACCCAUGGUGGUGCACUGCAGUGCUGGUGUAGGUCGGACCGGUUGCUUCAUCGUGAUCGAGGCCAUGCUGGAGCGUAUGAAGCAUGAGAAGUCAGUGGAUAUCUACGGUCAUGUGACGUGUAUGAGAGCUCAGAGGAACUACAUGGUGCAGACGGAGGACCAGUACGUCUUCAUCCACGAGGCCCUGCUAGAGGCAGCCAUCUGCGGUAACACAGAGGUCCCUGCACGCAACCUGUACGCACACAUCCAGAAGCUCACCCAGGUCACGCCCGGAGACACGGUCACUGCCAUGGAGCUAGAGUUUAAGAAACUGGCCAACUCCAAAGCACAUACCUCAAGAUUCAUCAGUGCCAACCUGCCCUGUAACAAGUUCAAGAACCGGCUGGUGAACAUCAUGCCUUUUGAGUCCACCCGCGUGAGUCUGCAACCUAUCAGAGGAGUGGAGGGCUCCGACUACAUCAAUGCCAGCUUCAUCGACGGAUACAGGCAGCAGAAGGCCUACAUGGCCACCCAGGGGCCACUAGCAGAGACCACAGAGGACUUCUGGAGGAUGCUGUGGGAACACAACUCUACCAUCGUAGUCAUGCUUACUAAACUCAGAGAGAUGGGAAGAGAAAAGUGUCAUCAGUACUGGCCAGCUGAGCGUUCUGCCAGGUACCAGUACUUUGUAGUGGACCCCAUGGCUGAGUACAACAUGCCCCAGUACAUCCUCAGAGAGUUCAAGGUCACAGACGCCAGGGAUGGCCAGUCUAGGACCAUUCGGCAGUUCCAGUUCACUGAUUGGCCAGAACAAGGGGUGCCAAAAACUGGAGAGGGCUUCAUUGACUUCAUUGGUCAAGUGCAUAAAACCAAGGAGCAGUUUGGCCAGGAUGGACCAAUCUCUGCGCACUGCAGUGCUGGUGUUGGACGGACUGGUGUGUUCAUCACCCUGAGUAUCGUGCUGGAGAGGAUGAGGUACGAGGGGGUGGUGGAUCUCUUCCAGACUGUCAAGACACUGAGGACCCAGAGACCUGCCAUGGUGCAGACAGAGGACCAGUACCAGUUGUGCUACAGGGCAGCUCUAGAGUACCUUGGAAGCUUUGACCACUAUGCAACAUAAUAACCACUCCCAGAAUGCGCUGGGACUCCUGGGGUUCAGGAGAGCCAGCCGUGUGUCCCUUCUGAGCUAUAUCCAUACUGUCCAGAAACUGCCUGAGGUGUGAAGGGAGAGGGGGAGGAAGAGUAGAAGAGGAGUGAGGAGGAGUGGGAGAGAGCACAUGUCUGACUGGAUGAUCGUCAAUCAGGUGGAGCAGUACUCCUGGACUGACUGCACAAUAAACCUGCUUUAAAACCCUUCACUACUAAAAAAUAACCUAAAAAGCUUCAGUAUGCUUCAUUCUGAUGUCUCUAUAGCUAAUGCACAUGCCAUGAAAACACUAUUUCUGCCUCCUCCACCUGCUUAUAUGGCAAACUUUAUUUUUCUGCUUUUAUUAUGCAUUAAUAUCAUUACUAUUACCCAUUAUAAAUAUGUUAUUAUUUGUUAUUAUUAUUAUUUAGAAUUUGUUUUCUAAUCAUUUAUACACUGGUUAUUGUAUGUCUUAUUGGGUCUUAUUUUAAAUUCAUUAUUUGUAUCUUUAUAUUAUUUUUUACACAAGGGACAUGUAUUUUAAACAUGCUCCGAGUUGUUAUUAAUUCUGGAGACGUACGCAUACUCAGAGCUGCUAAUAAUAUUUUAAUUUUUUUACCAUAAUUAUAACAUUCUAAAGUUCUCUAUUCUCUGGUUGGUCGUAUUCAGUGGGAUAUGGGGGACACAACUUUUAUAAGUAUUUUCACUUCCUGGUACUUUACAAAAACAAUCUCCACAAAAAGAGAUCAAACACAUAUACACCAGAGUUAGUGAAGUACUAUAAAAUAAACCCAUCUAUGUUUAUAAAAACUGAAUAUAUUAUUCUUGAUGAUGUUUUAUGAAUAAUCUACCAUGUACAGAUUCUGUUUACUGUGAUUUUCUCAAUGCCUGUCGCUCAACGAGCUCCGGUCCAAACUCCAGAUGCAAUGAAAGAAAUAAAGAAAACUACCGGUACAUGAAAAGGUGUUUGUCCUGUUACAGCACCCUGAGUUGCCCAUGGGACUGAACCAAACCAUCACUCCCAAAAGACACAGAGGAACUGGACCCUUAGCUCUGUCUGCUCUGAUCUGACAAGCUAGACCUGGUUUGGAGCAACAGAUAUACAGAACUUCACAUCAGACUAAUGUACAGCGCCCAACAACACCCCGCCUAUGAGAAGUGUUCGAGUGACCAGACAGACAGUUAUCCAUCCCUGUAUUUCUGAUUACCCUGCUGAUUCUGAACUAUGAUCUAUGAAUUGGACAUGUCCAUCUGCAUACGACUGACCUAGUUCCCCAUGACUGGCCAUCCCUGUAGAAACCUGACAACAACCCAGAUGAACAUCUCUUCACUGUCACUGACUCUACAUCCAUGGUAUAACUGCUGUAAUAUACUGUAUUAUCUCCUCACUGUGCUACAGAAGGACAUUCUCCUGUAACACAAAGAAGCAGCAUCAAUGUACGGUGGAGGAUCUCUACAUUAUAGUCAAGCGUUUUUCUCUUAAGUGAGGCUAUAGGAUUGCAAAGUGAGGUGAAUUUGGAUUGAUUGGGCCCGGAUGGACGGACUGCAAAAACAAGGAUUUAUUUCACUUUGUCUUCAAAUAGUGCCGUAGGGGUUCAGUCUGUUGUAUACACAAUCUGUUUUCUAUUUGUUAAUGAAAAAGGAGAGGGAAAAAAUGUCGCAAAAACCUUGAUGUUAAUAAAGUUGAAUAAUUGUUUUUUUUUAUAUAUA